AUGUCGACUCGUUCUAGUUCAGAUUUGACUCACCAGGAAGUAAAUUUUUCGGCGGAAGACGAAGUGGUUCUAGUCGUACCAAACUUUUCUCUACAACAGGUCCAUCUUCUAGGCGGUACGUAUGGACCGUUCCGCCCUCAAAUUCAAGCUGCUGUCCCCCUGUGGUUUGCCACGAUUUUAAAGAAGCAGGGAAAGUGCUGCAUCAUUCCUCCUAUGUGGUUAAACGUAAAUGCGCUGCGAACCGUGAUCGAGACAGAACGGGUUGAUGACGUUUUCCAGGGUUUACCAUUUCACUACAUUGAACUAGCUGCCGAACUCUGCAAACAUGCUCGCGAUGACAUGAUAGAUUGGAGUCGUUUGUAUGACCUCGUGGACACGAUUCGGUCAGUGAGGCAUGUCAAAAUACAGUCAGGACUCCGAGGACUGAAUGCAGAUGCUUUGAAGGGCGUGAAGUUGCGACACCUUUCAGCUAUAGAAGUAAAUGUUCUUCGUCCUUUCAUGUCAAGUGUGGUGGACCACUUUUUGAAUUGUUUCAAAUGA